CUCACGCACUCGCUGGUCGGGGACAGCUGGGCGUUGCUAACGUGGAAGGAGCCGGUGCAUCCCAACGGCGUCAUAGUGGGGUACUACCUUUACUUCGAGUUCACUCGGGGAAUCAGGAGCAUCACAGACAACAGGAUCAUCAGGGAGGCCAGGCCGCAAAUGGCUUAUAACUUGACAGGGUUAGCUGCUUACACGCGUUACACAGCUUGGGUUCACGCCAAGACGAGCAAGCACGAGGGCCAGAAGUCGGAGAACCUGGUGUUCCGCACGGACGUGGGCGGGCCGAGCGCGCCGCUCUUGUCCAACGUCACGUGCCAGGCCGACACCUCCAUCUACGUGCGCUGGCGGCGGCCGGAGCGGGUACGGGGCUCCAUCGACCUGUACUACGUGCGCUACCGGAGCGAGUACGACACGGACUUCGAGCAGAUCCAGAUUCCUACGGCCGUCAGCGUCGAGCAAGAGCAGCUCGCACUCAAGAACCUGACAACGGACACCAUGUACGAAGUCAGCGUGGUCGGCGUCACUAAAUCUCGGUUCAACACCUCCGUCCUGUACUGGGGCCAGUCAUCGGAAUCCAGGAAGGUGAUGCUGCAGCCCGACUGUGAGAAGAUCCAGUACCUGAAGAUGAUGAACUCCCGGCGGACCGGCUGGGAUCUCAGCUCGGGCAUGGUCGCUGGCGUAGCCUGCGCCAGUUUCGCCUUGCUUCUCGCCAUGACGGCGUUCUUCGUUUGGAGGAAAUACUUUCAGGCGGCCUAUAACUACCUGGACGAGCCGAGCAAGACGUGUAGCACGCUCUCCACCGAAUGGGAGAACGACUCCCCGGACGGCAGCACGGCCGGCCCCAUCCCUGUCCACCUGUUCCCCAAACACGUCAGCAGACUACACGCCGACGGCGACAUCGGCUUCAGCAAAGAGUACGAGGCGAUCCAGACGCAGACGUUGCUGGAUGGCUACGCGUCCGACCUCAGCCAGCAUACCGAAAACAAGGACAAGAACAGAUACCUCAACAUUGUGGCUUACGACCACACGCGGGUGCCUCUGCAGCUGAUGGGGUCGCAGAAGCAGUGUGACUACGUGAACGCCAAUUACAUUGACGGCUAUCAGAGGAGACGGGUCUACAUCGGCACUCAAGGCCCGCUGCCGGCCACGUUUGACAGCUUCUGGAGGAUGGUGUGGGAACAGAACGUCCACGUUCUCGUCAUGAUCACCAAUCUGGUGGAGCGAGGCAGGGAUUCGGACAAAGAGCCAUCCGGGGCGCACUUUGAGAAAAAGUGCGACAUGUACUGGCCGCAGGAGGGAACGGAGACUUUUGGAGUCAUUCAGGUCACCUCUCUCGGCCAAGAUGUCAUGGCGACGUACACCAUCAGGAAAUUCCGAGUACAACACAUGAAGCUGAAGAAGAAGCGCCGGGCGUCGACGGAGAGGACGGUGUACCAGUACCACUACACUAACUGGCCGGACCACGGCAUCCCCGAGAGUCCGCUGCCGAUCCUCAGCUUCGUCCGGAAGUCGGCCGCCGCCAACCCGGAGGGAGCCGGGCCCAUCGUGGUCCACUGCAGUGCGGGUGUUGGGCGGACCGGCACCUACAUUGUCCUGGACUCGAUGAUGCGGAUGAUCCGGGCGAAGGGCGAACUGAACGUCUUUGGCUUCCUCAAGUACAUCCGGACGCAACGCAACUUCCUGGUGCAGACCGAGGAGCAGUACAUAUUCCUGCACGACGCUCUGAUGGAGCUGAUCGAAAGUGGCGAGACCGAUAUACACCGUACUUUUCUGCGGCGAUAUUUGCACAACCUCCUAACCACAGAGGAGGAUGUCUAUCCUUGGUACAACCUCGACAGACAGUUCAGGCUGGUCACUUACGACCAGGCGUCGGACUUCAACAUGACCUCGGGGCGUCACCCGGCCAACGUGCACAAGAGCCGGCGAGGCGAGCUGCUGCCCACCGAGGCGAGCCGCGUGUGCGUCACGCCGCGGCCGGGCGUCGAAUGCUCCGACUAUAUCAACGCCUCCUGGCUGCCGGGCUUCAGCCGGCUGCGGGAGUUCGUGGUGACGCAGCACCCGCUGGCCUCGACGCUGGCCGCCUUCUGGCAGAUGGUCUGGGAUCACAACGCCCAGACGAUCGUUCUGCUCAGUCCUGUGGAUGACCAGGAGUACUGCAUCUUCUGGCCGCUGGAACACGACGACAUUGACUGCGAGCAGUUCCGGGUCCGCUUCACGGCCGAGGCUCAGGGUGGACACUACGUGCUGCGGGACUUUACCUUACAAUCACACACGGACGACUACGAGCUGGCGGUGCGCAUCAUCCAGUGCUCCAACUGGCCGGCGACCUGCUCGCCCGUCGGUCAUGUGUUCGACCUGAUCCAGGUGGUGCAGCGCUGGCACCUGGAGUACCAGAACGGGCCGUGCGUGGUGGUAGACCGCUUCGGCGGCACCGAGGCCGCCACCUUCUGCUGCCUGACCACGCUGAUGAAGCAGCUGGAGUACGAGUCGCACGCCGACGUGUACAUGUACGCGCGACUGUACCACACGCGGCGGCCGGGCGUGUGGCGGGCGCAGGACGACUUCCUGCUGCUGUACCGGGCGGCGGAGGCGCUGGUGGCCGGCGGCUGUGGCCCGCCGUCGCUGCCGCCGCCGCCGCCUCCGCCUCCACCCGACGUGACGGACGUGCCCCGUCCGACGCUGAAGUCGAUCCUGAAGAAGGGCGGCACGUGCCAGCGCCAGCGGUCCGUGCGCUGCAGCGACACUCUCGUCAGGAUCCCGCCCGACGGCAUGGAGAGUUUCGUGGUGGACGUCGGUGAAGACCUGUCGAGUCCGUAGAAUGUGCGCCACCAACCGAGGGGUUGUCGAGUCUGUCGGGUGCGCAACAGGGGUGACUCGAUGAAAAGAGUUCCUGCAGUGAACUUGGGGGAAAGUGCGUUGAGCUACUGCCUGAGUGCGCCCUGUCGUAUGUGGUCGUACGCUGCUGGCUUCUGCUCAAGUUGGGGUUUCCAGCCCAGCCAGAGUCUGUACCCACUCUGAGACUGAGGGACCAUCGGGAAUAUGGUAACAGUAGCAGCACGCUGCGACUGUGAAUGUAGCCUCAUUUGACCCGGCUGGAGUGUGGGUCGCAGCUGCCGGUGGGACGUGUGCUCGAUGCGUAAUUGCUAUACAGUUAAGACGUCUCAAAAGUCGCCGUCAAGUGUGCUGCCGGAUCUCAUACUCUGGACGUCCUUAGGUGGCCGGAUUCAUGCUAGCAGCGACGAGAUUUCUACAGUCUCAUGCUGCGGUACCGGGGAGCAUGGAAGUGUCUGUAAAUGAGUGUAACUACUCACAGAUGGGCCACGCAAGACGCCGUGUACAAAGUGUAGAAAUGUUCUUAUGAUGUCUUACACAUUGUGUAUGCGAGGGAAGGCUGGAAUUGUCGCAAGUCUGACAGAAGCCACUAGGUUAAACACUGGGUGGCUGCAACUCAAUUAAAGGCAUCUCAACAUGUCCAUGCUGCUACUUGAGGCGUAACGUCACACUUAAGCGUCUUGGCUUGUGCAGCUGCGUGGCUGCUGUACUUUCCAUUGUAUUUGGAUCUAGUUAUCAUCGUGUUCUGGAAUAGCGUGUGCAGUAUUCGCGGAUCUUGGCGUUUCUGAUCGUGGAACUGGGUGUUUACUGUGAUAUUUUAUAAUGGCAUUUGCUGUGAUAUGUGAUCAUGUAUUGGGGAAUAAAAA